AUGAAUAUCAACACUCCUGAAAACAAUGUCUAUAACGAGGACAUUAUCCUUAAUGAAGACUUUGAGUCCUUAGCUCCUCUUUUCCAGUCCGAUGCUUCAUUUGCAGCCGGAGGAAAUCAAGUGAUGGGAAACAUAUCUCCUAUCUCAAAGCCAUUGGAUAUCAUGGACUCGGAAGUCUUGUCUCUUACGCGGGCAUCUAAUGAUUCUGUUACAAAAUAUAGCAAUCUAGAAAAAGGGGAAGAAGGUGAAGAUCCCAAAAAUUGCUCUAGCGAUAUGCCUCCCCCUCAGUUUUCCGGCAUGAUGUGGGUAGAGCUAGAAAAGGAAUUGGACAGUAGCGAACUAAACGAAUAUUCGGAGUUCGAGGAGGCAAAGGCAGCAUUUGAAGCAGAAAAGAACCCCAGUCUAGAAGCUCAAAUUCGGUUCAAGAAGGCAAAAGAAAAAGAAUGCUUGCGGAUUUCGAGAGCACAACUGCGGGAAGCAUUAAUUGAACAAGAGCACAAUACACAACAUGGUUGUAUCAAUGGUAAUGAGACCGGGGAUGUCAGAAUUUCGAAGGCCCAAGAAGGCGAGAACCAGAAACCUGGUAAAGAAAAUGAUUUUGGCCUCUUUUAUCCCGAAGAUAAUGCAGCUCCUGCGGAAGAAUUACAUCGGUGUACCUCCCCGAGUAACGAGGAGAGUAUACCAGUGUUUGUAUGGGAACACACUCAAAAGUCGGAAGAGUUGACUAAACCAAAGAACCGGUCUCGUCAAAAUGGAGCGCCAAAGCAAGCAAGGAAAACCAAUAACAAAGCUAAGGUGACUAAGAAGGGCAAUAAUACCCGAGGACGCAAAUCAAAUGGGUCUACCAAGUUCAAGAAAAAUUCUACAAACAGAGGGCCUACGAGUCUCAACUUUGACAGCUUAUUUACUUCCAAUAUUAUUGAGAAUGCAAAGCGGAAUACCAAGAAGAAGGCAAUACCAAAGUUUACGUCAGGGAAUAAAGAGGAGGCAAUGAGAGAAAUCAUGGCCAGUAUUCCAACAGACGAUGAUGCUGACAUGCAAUGCAUGUCCCAACAUAAAAAGGCCAUUAUGGGCUCGAUAAUAAAGUUCACAAUACCUCCUCGGGCUGACCAUGAAGGUGGCUGGAAGCAUCGUGACAUGAUGACAAGUCUAUUCCAUUAUCAG